AACUGACUGGACAACAUGCUUUACCCUAGUCUAAUUAUACGAGAGUAAACAGCAUCCUUUCUGUAGUCUAAUUUGCAGCAUUCAGGGGUGGCUUGCUGGGUUACGGUAUUCUCCCAUGCAACACGGUCAUAAGUUUGCUCCCUUUUUUUAAUUGGGUUGAGAAUGAAUUCCCUUGUCCACCGAGCUAGAGAACGGACGUAAUUUAAACGUCUUCGUGGCUAGAUGUGGACAUGGAAAAUGCAAUCAAUCACUAAUCUUUAACUGCAAGAGACUGCCAAGAUGGGUCACUAAUAAAAAGAUGAUGUUCGUCCUCACAAUUACUAGCAAAUGUAAUCAAACGCUUCGAGUUCCGCUUCGGUGGAGGGGAGGGAAGGGUGAUUCUUUUGUCACCUUUAUGUCGGUGUCACCGUUGUUGUCCAUGGCUAAACGAAAAUGUAUGCACGGCCAGUGCAUCUGGACAUCGCAGAGUGCAGCAAAUUAGCGGUUGCAGCGAGGAAAGGAUAAAAUGUAAAAAUAAAACAGGCACGUGGCAGGCCUUGUGUCCAGGCAUCACAUUCAGAUCCAGGAGACAUGACAUCACUUUCUCCCAAGAAGGUUGUUUCCAUCCAUUGGUUUCGCCAUGGCCUUCGUCUUCAUGAUAAUCCAGCACUUCUGGAAUCUUUGAAAAACGCUGAUGAAUUUUAUGCUGUCUUCAUCUUUGAUGGUUCUGUAGCAGGAACUGCAACAGCAGCUUACCCGCGCAUGAGGUUUUUAUUGGAGUGUCUUUCUGACCUGGACGCUGGUCUUCGUAAACUGGGUACUCGUCUGUAUAUUAUUCAUGGACAGCCAGAGGAGGUUUUUCCUAGGCUAUUUGAAGAAUGGGGUGUGUCUCGUGUCACGUUCGAACAAGAUCCAGAACCUGUAUGGCAAGAUCGAGACAAUAAGGUGAAGACCCUUUGCAAGCAGUGGAAAGUGGAAUGCAUUGAGAAAGUUUCUCAUACACUUUGGGAUCCCCAGAGCAUAAUUCAAGCCAAUGGUGGGUCACCUCCCCUGACAUAUGCCAUGUUUUGCCAAGUGACUGACAUUGUUGGACUCCCUCCUCGCCCAUGUCCCCAGCCAGACUUCAAAGGUGUGAAUCUGCCUGUGGUAGACAACAAGAAAGAUGUCAUGGGCAUACCAACGUGCGAAGAGCUUGGUGUUUAUCCAGAAUCUGAACGUCAGAAAAAUCCAUUAGGUGGCUAUGUUGGUGGAGAGCAAAGAGCUCUAGAACUGCUUAGUCUUCGGAUUGAGAAAGAAAGAAAAGCUUUUGAGAAAGGUCAGUGCCUACCCAAUCAACUAAAUCCUGACCUAACUGGCCUGCCUCUUAGCUUGAGUCCUCAUCUGCGAUUUGGCAGUUUGUCUGUGCGCCGUUUUUACUGGGCUAUUCAUGAUGCUUUCAAGGAGGUAUCUCAGUGUGAAGAAGUGCCUACAUCUAUCACUGGACAGUUGAUCUGGCGAGAAUAUUUCUACUGCAUGUCUGUCAAUAACCCUAUGUACAACUGUAUGGAGGGCAACCCAAUCUGCCUGGACAUUGACUGGUACCAGAACCAGGAGCAGUUUGAGAAGUGGUCUAAGGGUCAGACAGGGUACCCAUGGAUUGAUGCCUGCAUGCGGCAGUUGAAAGAGGAAGGCUGGAUUCACCAUGUGUGUCGUCAUGCUGUCGCAUGCUUUUUAACCCGCGGAGACCUCUGGAUUGAUUGGCAAAUGGGACUGAAGGUUUUUGACAAAUACCUUGUAGAUGCUGAUUGGUCUGUAUGUGCUGGAAACUGGAUGUGGGUUUCUAGUUCGGCCUUUGAAAAAGUGCUUCAGUGUCCUAAGUGCAUCUGCCCUGUGCGCUAUGGACGGCGUAUGGAUCCCAAGGGGGACUAUGUCAGACGUUAUGUUCCUGAGCUGAAGAACAUGCCGCUGCUGUAUUUGUUUGAGCCUUGGAAAGCACCAGCAGAAAUUCAAGAAAAGGCUGGCUGUAUAAUAGGUUGUGACUACCCUCCACCCAUGGUAGACCACAAACAGGCCUCUAAAAUGUGCAUGUCCAAGAUGGAAAAGAUUAAGAACAAGUGCAGAGGCUUACCACACAUUGCUCCAUCCAGUGCAGCUGAGGUACGACUGUUCAUGUGGAUGGACAACAAAAGCUUGGAGGAGAGCCUUGCACAUUGCCAGAAACACGUGACAGAACCUGAAACUUUUAGCAAGGCUACAUUGCCACUUGGACAGUAAUUUUUUUAACAGACACUUUUGACACAAAAGUUCAUAUCGGAUUCAUCUGUGGAGGGCAACUAAUUGUAUGCACUUUUAUGGAUGCUUUGACCUGUGUUUUUCAAUGUUAUAUAGUGGUAUAGUGUUUCAAUAUUCACCUGUGCUUGACAGCCCCCAUCUGUUAAAUCAAAAUAUUUUAGAAAAUCUUAUGUGGUAAAAUAUUGUUUUUAUUUAUAUAUGUAAUUUGUGACUCAUUUUUAAUAUUGAAAUUAGAUCUGUGCUACCAUUGUUGUUCAGCAUGGUAUUAUUAUUAUUACUGCUGCUGUUGUGCUUUUGGAGCAUCUGAUAUUUCAGAAUCGACAUAUCAUCACCCUCCCCCCACAACCCUCUCUCUCAUUGUCAUAGUCUGUCACCUGUGUUGUCCUCUUUCCAUUACUUUUUCAUCUUCAUAUUUCAGAUUACAGAGUACUUUUUUUAGCCUAUAGACUUUAUCAUUUUGUAAUAACAAUCAUAAUCACAAGUAUAGACUUUUCUUCAAAACUCUUAUUCUACAGAUCAGGCAUUCACAGACAUGCAUUAUCUCCCCUACCCCUUUCUUCCUAGUUUGUCACUGAAAAAGAAUUGCUUUUAUAUAUUACAUGCUUCUGCAUGUGAAAACAAAUGCUGAAAUCUUAUUGCCUUGUUGAUUUUUUUUCAGGUGUGUUUUGUAUUUAUUUUGUCGUUGGAUGAUGGAAAUAUCACUCUAUAGUCUUAUUCUGUCAGCUAAUAGCCACUUACUAAUCUGCUUUGUUUUAGAAUUUCUGAACUUACUUUAACAAAGUCUAGCAGAAGUAUCAAAAUGUGCCAUUGAAACAUGCUGCUAUACUCUUCUAUGAAUUGUGAAAGAGCACUUGUCUUAUUAAUAGUUUGACAUUCAUUUAGUUUUUUUUUUUAUCUCUCGUCAAUAGCGCACAAAUUUUUACAAAAACCCACCAGGAAAAAAAAAUCAUUAUUUCUUUAAGGUUUGCACAAAUCUUUUUUUUGACUCCCCCGUCCACCCCCAACCCCCAACAAAGCCUCCAUUAUGUACAUUGAGACUUUUGUCCAUUCCUCAGUGAUGUUUUUGGGGUCCAGGAUAUACCUCUUCCACAGUUUGGUUGGCAGAGACCACUGAGUGGUUAAAAAGACCUGCUUGUCAGGUUUCUUUUUCAGAUAAAACAAUUUGUUCUUGCUUCCUAGAGAAGAAUAACAACAUAAAAAUAAAAAAAUUAUAAAUAUUUCCAGCAUAGCAAGUGGAAUAAAAAAUUGGAAAAAGUAUCGACAUUUACAUUUGCAGAUGGGUGCUGUGAAUUUUUUUGUCGUUAAUAGUUUAUAAAAUUAUCAAUAAAUCUAGUUGCAAACUGUUUAUCAAAUUUGAAGAACGUGGUGCUAGCUUGUUCUUUUGGAGAUAUUUACAGCUUUAGGAUAAAGUCCCAUACUACAAGCCAUGGUACUUUAAAAACUAGCUGGAUACUGGGAAUUUACUGUGUCACUGCCAUUGCUUUAACCUGUAGAUGAACCUUCAGAAUAGAAUAUUUUGUUUGCCAAAGCUCUAAAUUGUGCCGAAGCAUCGCUAGACUUUCUUGAGCAGGGCAUAGAUUCAAAUUUUAGUGGCAUCCUAACACUUUGCAAACUCCACACAUCCAUAAAAUUGAAGCGCUGCAAGAACACAAAGCAUCUUCUGUCUGAUCUUUCCUAAACACAGGAAAGGUAAAAAUUUCAACUUAGAGCAACUAUUCUGGCAUUUGCAAAUUUUUAGAAUUAUUUUCAAUUAUCCAAGAUUUUUGAUUAUCCGGAUGAUGGGCGCCGGUCAUUAAACUGGAUAAUUGAGGUUCCACUGUAUAUAUUUUUUUUCAUAAAUUGCUGAAAUUUAUCAUAUGCUGUUUUAAUAUCAGAUUUUAAGCACCAGGGAGGCACGUCAGCCCAGUAUGAUAUAAUUUAGAAAAAAAAAAUGCAUGAAAUGUUAUAUGGAUCAAUAUGAAGUGUUGUUUUAGCAACACAACAAGAUAGCAUGGAAUACAAGUGUACUCUGUUAAGCAUUUUGCCUAAAAUACUGCUCACAUGGCUUCAGUGCUGUCAUAAUGCAUUGCUUGGUCAUCAUGUUUUCAAUAGUUUGUAAGAGAUUUUUAUUUGUACCUCUUAAAGAAAGAGUUUUUCACUGGUAGAGAAGAAAAUUGUGAACAUUUAUUUGAUAACCUGGGAGAAACUUUUAUUUUGUGGUACCUCUUGUGAUCUCCAUCAUACAGAUAAAACAGGUUUAUACAUGAUGACAUUAUCUUUUGAAUUUCAGCACAAUGGCUUCUGUUUAAGAUGUGAAAAGCCUUAAAAAGCUACUAAUAUUUAAGUCUGUUGAAAUGUUCUGAGCAGCUAAGGAUCAUUUAUUUACUUAAAAUUUAUCUAUUAUCUUGACUAUUUUGAAUUUUUCAUAACUUCAUAUUUUAUUAAUGAAAGGAUUGAAUUUUUUUCAUUUUAAUUUUUGAAAAAAUCAGGCUUUGAAUGUAAUUGGUGGUUGUGUUUGAAAUGAUCCUGUUAACCUGUGUUAUAUGUGGGUUGAUGAGAAAUUUGUGUGGUCUGUGUAUGUGUGUGUGUGUUUUGCAUAUGAACAUUAAAGAUUGUGUUCUUUGUAGAUUAUGGAUGUAUUGUAAUAGUCACGUAAAUUUUGAUACCACCUUCACACGCUUCACUGGCUGCCAGUCCAAGAUCAUAUUAUGAGAUCGCAUGGCCUUGUCCCAUCAUGCCUGUCUGAGUUACUUAUACCUGCUGGCCUCUUUGGUCUGCAUUUCUCACUUUGCCAUGAAUCAGAUGGGAGAAAUUCAUCAGAUGCGCCUUUUUCUUCUCUGGCCUCACUGUUUAGAAUUCAUUUCCUCCCUCUCUUCAUAGUAAAUAAAUUAUACAGUCAUUAUGAUAAUCAAAUUCAGACAGAUCACGUGGGUGGUGACAGGUCACAGAUAAUACUGAUAUCCUUUUUAGUCUAACUGGCAUUGGAGACAGCUUUGAGUAUGUGAAGACCUUUAUGGUAAUACAAAUCAUACCUUGUAAAGAAAAAUGUCUUUGAAAUUAAAGCAUUUUGAAUUUAAAGCACACCAUAGAUACAAGGGUCUACUAUCGGUAUACAAGUAAAGAUUGGACAGGAUAUGAUAUGCUUUAUUGAUAAAAAUGUAUUUAUUUUGGAGGUCAUAUUUAUUUUGCAUGUCUCGUGCAAUAACAAAUGCCUCCCUUGUGUUCUAUUUUGUUAAGUGUAAUGACAAUGCCAUGGGGAGCCUCUUUGCCUCUUACCAUUUAUAUACAGAUACAUAUAUUUAUUGAUGUUGCUGGUCUAUAUUGUUAUUCAAUGAUAACUGUUGAUUUUGUGUAAUAAAUAAUCAGGUUGA